AUGUUUGCCUUAUUCUGCCUCAACGGCGGACUGGGGGCUGCGAACCUCAGUCUUUCCCUUCGCGACGCAGUGAUCGCGGCGUUUGAAGAUGCUGUCAAGCUCGUCCAGCGCAUACGAGACCAGCGAGAGACUGGCAAUGGCGGCGUGCGACUACCUGAAGAACCGACACGCGACCUUAUCGAGUCGCUGUCUCUGGGACCGGCGAUAGUCCGUGGUCACUAUGAACACGACCUCAAGCGGUUCGGCGAACAGUACGCCUGUGGGGAUAUACAAGCGAGAGAAGGCAUGAAAGAUAUCCUCAUAAAUCUACAGAUGACGUUGAUCAUCACCCUGCGGACCGUGUACAUGGACAACAUGGAUCUCGAUUUCAAUGCCCUCCAGACAACCUCGGACGACUGUCGUGUGAAUGCCGGGGUGUGUCUAGGACAGUUGUCACAGCGGCUGUCCGGGGCUGCGAGAGCCCAAGCACACCAUCCUGCUUCCAGCAUGAUGACCUCCUCGAACACAUCCUCUGGCUUGAUACCGCCGCUCUCUCCGUCCCUAGGGUAUUCCAGUAGCAGGAGUACCUUUUCCUCUACAGGACUUCGAGAUCCUCAAACACCACCACCACCACCACCACCACUCUCGAUGGGAGACCAGUUUGGCAAUCUGAGCAUUUCCAAAACAAACCACCCUUCUUUCCUCGUCGAGCGCAAAAUCUCUGCGGGUUCUUCUUCCGACUCUCAGGAACGCUGUCGUCGACAACAGCAACCAGUUCGUCAUCCGAAUCCGAUUGCGGAGCAACAGCAGCAUCCCGCAGUAGUAGCACCUCGUGUCGAUGUUCUCCAAGUGGGCAACGACGAUGCCGAUGAAAUGGAAAUGCGAAGACGAUCGUCGCAAGCUCUGCCUUCGGACGAUAACAUUCUAAUGCUCUUCCCUGCACCUGGGGGCCAACCCAAGAGUGGUGGUUCUUCGUCACCGGGAGCGGACAAGGAUUCAACUGCCAAAGCCACCAUCAUGCACUCACCAAACACGUCACGCGGAUCGAGCAGUAGCCACAGGAGCCAGAACUCGCGAGAACGUUAUGGCCCAGAUGAUUACGAUGAGCACUUUGACCAUGGCGCCGCCGGCAGGAACGAUGACCGCCAGUACAGCAACUGCACAGUUUACGACAUGUACAACCCACCCAUCUCGCCCUCACAAGACCGAGAUCGAUUCUCGUCCACUGGGUCGGGUUCGAAUUCACAUUCGUACGCAUCACGAGCACAAGCUAGCAACCACAGCACCUGGCAACACGUUCAGUAUCUACAAGAGAAUAGUCGUCCACCACGUAUGCAGGUGCCACAGACAGAUUCUCUCGAUGCACAUGCACAUUCACAAUCUGGUCAGCGCGAGACAAUAAUGUACGAGUACGACCAAUACCAGUCUCAGCAAUACAUGCAUAUACCACAAUCGCAGGCCUCCUCUGUUGUUUCAGUGGAUCCACCACUCUUACCACGACGAUUGAGGCCCAUAGGCCCCGGUACGAACAUUGUACCACCAAGCGGUGCUCUUCCUACCGUGUCGUUAUCUGCUCGGCCACCACCCACACAGGAAACUCCUCAGACAAUGCCAUCACAACACCACCACCACCAGCAACCUUUUAUGUCGUCCGCUCUUCUCAGUCCUAGCACAAGCCACAGUUCCGCCAGAUCUAUCCACUCAUCCAUCUAUGGUGACCACCAACGCUCUACCUCGACCUCGACGGGACCAUCAUCAAUCGGUCUCUCUGUACCUAGUAGCGGGCCCCUCAUCCUCCCCACGGACAAAGACACACUUGGGUUUUGCAAAGGUGCAUUCCGUUUACAGGCCGGCCUGGAACGCAAGGCUUUCAGUCUGGCCAACCGACCCCUGGGGUUCACCGGGACGGAGACCUACUGGCGCUGCGAAAAGUGCAAUUUCGAAGGUCCCCAGUACACCCAGGUCAACGUGUCGUCGGACAACAGACGCAAAGGGAAACCGGAAAGGAAAUUCGACCCGAGAAUUCGCACUUCGGAGAGCGGAGGAAUCAGGUACAGAUGGGCGUUCUUGGCAAGGUGUCACGUCCAACUCAAGGGCAUGGUUCCCGUGGGUGAGACCAAGGAUGGCAGUUUCGGAAGUUUCGGUUGCAUCUUUUGUUGUGCCGAAGGGAAGCAUCGUGGGUGGAUUGACGAUGGCCAUCAUCAGAAUUCUUCGGCUGUGGGAAGAGACAACAGCAAUGCUAGGAUCAAGACUGUCUCUGUUUCUGUCGGUGGUGGGAGGCAUCACGGACUCGGAAUUUUUGGUUCAGGAGGAGGAGGAGGAGGUAGUAAAGACAAGGGAAAGGACAAGAAAAAGUCGGGAAAGUCCAAACACGUUCAACCAAACUCGGGUGUGAAAGUUGUCGUCGAUGGUGACGAUGAUGGCCAAGGUGGAGCCCAAAGCAAAAAUCUCACAAAGUCGAACAACAACACACCCAUCUUCGGCAACGUCUCGAGCUUCAUGGAACAUCUCGACCUCGUCCACCGGCCACAGGAAGGUUGGCCCAACGCGGAAAUGCUGGGUCGGUUCAAGGUCGUCGUGGGUCGGUUGGCGGGAGUGCACGAGGACGGGUGGGAUGUCAAUUUUGUUCCAUUCCCAUCAUGA